AUGUUAAAUGGUAAAAGAGCAAAGGCGUACUUCGAAAAUGCAAAGAAAGAGAAAUGGAAACAGUUGAGGAAUGAGAAACACGACUUAGUAAGGAUUGAAAAAAAAAACAUGAUAGAAAAAGAAACCAAAAAACAGCGCAAAGAACGUUUAAAAUAUCAACAUACACAACAGAAAUCUAACAAUGGUGAUAUACAGAAAAAUAACAAUG